AUGCACACGUUACAGCACGGCUCGCCACACUCCCACUCGCUAUCUUCUGCCUCACCUAGCUUAGCGUCACUUCAUCUUUCCAUGCACAAUUCUAAUGAACUAUCUUCUUCCAACCCCUUCGUCACCGCCACUAAUGUCUCAUCUUACUCUCCUCAUUCAACUCCGACCCACUACGAACCUGCCUCUACUGUUGUUGAUUCUUGUUUAUUUUCUUCAUCACAAUCCGCAAAUUUCACUCCUGCCCAAAUUUGCUCCUCCAGUCCUCAGUUUGUCUCUCUUCCAAUUUCCUCUUCUCAUUCCUCUUCUCCUUCCUUCUCAUUUGUCACUUCUGCGAUCUCUUUGGGGCCUUGUUGCCAAUCUUCUUCAAGGUUACCUAGCGAGUUGAUGCACCGCCUGGCUAGCCAGCAGCUGCCCCUCCGUCUAUCCUGGCCUCUUACCAGCUUACGCCGAUUCGGAUUCCACGGUUGUCUGCUUCGGCUAGAAGCAGGGCGCCGCGCCCCAAGAGGCGAGGGUUAUUAUGUUUUCUGUGUGAAACAGCUACGAGAAUUUCGUCAACUAUUUGAGGUUUGUUUUUCUUAUCAUGUUUAG